CAAAGUGGAAGCGCCAAUCAACGCGUGUAACGUCCCUCGAAUAAAUGAAAUGGCUUUGAUGACGCAACAUCGUCCCCGGAGGAGACACGGCAAAAAAAGUCCAACGCUGUCAGGCUGUUGCGAUGGCGGGGCGAGGCUUUUAUUUUGAAACCAGGGUCGCUCCUCCGAGUUGCGUCGACUCCUCGGAUCCAGCAGAGGAGCGAGCGCCGGGCCGAGCGAGGUCACUGUGCUGCGGGAUGAGGCUCCGAGUGGCGGCGGCGCUGCUGCUGGCGGCGGCCGCCUACUACGUGUAUCUGCCGCUGCCGAGCGGCGUGAGCGAACCCUGGAAGCUGAUGCUGCUGGACGCGCUCUUCCGGAGCUUCCUGCGAGCGAGUGACGUGGCGCACGCUCUGGGCGUGUGUCACCGGGUCCACCUGCUGAACCGCCUGGUCUCUCUGGUGGAGGUGAUCGAGGCCCGCUCUUGUCCUGCUGUGCACGUCUCCGACUCCACACUAGGGGGCGUCCCGACGCGGGUCUUCCAGCCCCGGGGAGGGAGGCGACCCAAGAGAGGCGUGAUCUACUUCCACGGCGGCGGAUGGGCCCUCGGCAGCGCACGGAUGAGAUCCUACGACCGUCUGUGUCGGAAGAUGGCGGACGACCUGGACGCCGUGGUCCUGUCAGUGGAUUACCGCUUGGCUCCGGAGGCCGUGUUCCCGGACCAGUACCACGACGCCUUGGCGGCGUCCCGGGCCUUCCUGUCUGACGAGGUUCUGCAGCGCUACGCCGUGGAUCCCGACAGAGUGUGUGUGUCCGGAGACAGCGCCGGAGGAAACCUGGCCGCUGCCGUGGCUCAGAAGCUCGGGUCCGAGGACGGCAUCAGGAGGUUCAAGCUGCAGGCGCUGAUCUACCCGGUCCUCCAGGCUCUGGACUUCUACACCCCGUCCUAUCAGCAGAACCAGGCGGUGCCCAUCCUCCACCGGCCCAUCAUGGCCCGCUUCUGGCUGCAGUACCUGGGUGCCGACGCCUCCUUGGAGCCGGACCUGCUGGCCAACAACCACAGCUCGCUGGACCAGGAGAGCAUCAGUGCCGCCACUCGUGCCAAGCUGGACUGGACCGCCCUGCUCUCGGCCCAACGCAAGAAGCACUUCCGACCGGUUCUGAGGGAAACCGGCUCGGCAAGGCCGCUGGCGCCUGCGCUGGUGGACGCGAGGGCGGCGCCGCUGCUGGCCGAGCGGGAGGUUCUGAGCCGGACCCCCCCAGCCUACGUGAUGACCUGCGAGUUCGACGUCCUGAGGGACGACGGCCUGAUGUACGUGCGGCGGCUGCAGGAGGCUCAGGUGCCGGUGACCAGCGACCACUACGAGGACGGCUUCCACGGCUGCAUGGUCUUCGCCUACCUGCCCAUGAUGUCCAGCGUGGGCUUCAGGAGCAUGAACAACUACAUCCGCUGGCUGGAUCAGAACUUGUAGCGCUCCUGAGGGCGCCGUCCGGCUCGGACCCGACCAGAAUGUGAAGCCAGGAAUCUGUUGCCUCAGGGGGCAACGAUUCUGUCCACUGGGGCAGCAGUCAUGGUGAAGAGGAGCCCGGAGUCAGAGGACGUCUGGCCCACCAGGUCUGACCCUUCAGCUGCGAGGGCAGGCGCUUUUAUCGGUUUAAUCAUUCCCUGCUGAGCUUUACUCCGGCCUCGCUGCCUGGGUGUCGGCGCGGGUCACGUGAUCGCCUGGUCACGUGACCCGCGCCUUUGCAGCGCUGUGAAAUAUACGGACUCAAAUGUGUCUUUGCUGGUUCUGAAGUAAAGAAGUGGGUUGGAAGAUGUGUUCAGUUCUUCAUUGUCUUGGACGACGGGUCCAGCUCGGCAGGGGCCCGGGGCCAGGUGCAGUGUGGGGGGCCUCUUGUUCGCUGGACGGUGAUGAAGCGACCCCCUUGAGGUCAGACCUCACCUCUCUCCCCAGAUUCAUGCGGCUCUUCACCAAAUGAGCCGCCGAACUGGCCGCGGUUCUGGUCAAGUUGCUGUUGAGAUGAUGGUUUAUACAGGAAAUAAGAGGAAAAAGUCAGCGCUGUUCCAGCGAGAUGUCACAAUAUUGUUCAAAGACACAUGUUUAAUUUAAACAAUAAACCUCGCCGCACGUUCGGUGUGCCAUUGA